AUGCCCGAUGGGAGCGGGAGCACAUACCUCCACUUCGCCGUCAGGCUCGAUGACGUGCCGUUCGUAUACGAAUGCAUCCGUCUUGGGGCCGACGUCAACCGUAGGGACGUCAAGGGGCAGACACCGCUGUACUGCGCCAUGCACGAGUUGUUUGGGUUCUCACUCGAACUGGCAGAGCGACAGCUGCGCCACAAGGGCACCGAGGACGAAAGCCUCGCCAUAUCCACCAUCGCGCGGUUGCGACACAUAGCGAAGAUUCUAGUCGAGCAGCACGCCGAUAUCAAAGUUCCGCCUCACGGGGAUCUGCUCUACCACGUUGUCAGCCUCGCUUGGGUGACCCUCGAAGUAGAACUACUCGAGCUGUUUGGGCUCUACGGAGUCCCUUCUGACUACUUCGAAUUCCUCUCGGAAGCCCCGGAUCCACAGUUGGAUACUUGGGAAAUCAAUCCCGCCGGAGUAUCAGCUUGCAGGGAGCUGGCGGCGCGUUUCGCUGCUACUUUACCAUCGAGAAUGGAACCAAUAACGCGACCACCGCGUAAAUGCCCUUGUUUGUCGGGAAAGCCACUCGCCGAAUGUCACGGAUCGGGUGACCACCCAUAUCCUCCCACAUUUGCGUGCAUCUGCAGGUCGACGAAGACAUAUGAAAACUGCUGCAAACGCAGAGCCGAAUUGGUCGAGAGAUGGGACCAAGAACGGGGGUGCAUGGCUGUCACCCAGCGCAAGAUGGAAGGGAAUACGACGACCUACAUCUCCUUUACCUCUGUGGGCACGGCAAGGAACACCGUAUGGCCGGAUACGGGAAAGAAGACUCCGUCAGAGCUCGUUGAGAUGGCCGUCGAGUAUAACGACACCCAAAACGAAGAGAAAGCUGACCCGGCUUUCCGGUAUGUGGUGACUGAAUUGAACUAUCUGCCUAUGCCUGAGGGAGACUGGCUGGGCUCAAAAUCCCUGGGCAAGAAACUCAGCCUUGGCUGGAAUCUUUACGUCGACCAGUACAUUGCAUCCGGCCAAGACACUCGGAGUGUCUCCCAGAUCGAACGGGCUGCCAAGCUGGAUCCGUUUUGGCAGCCCCUAUGGAAGAGAUGUGAGGCAUCCGGAUGUAAGACGAUAGAGCGUCCAGGGCUCAAGAUGAAGCGCUGCCAUGGGUGUCAAAAGAUAUAUUACUGCGGCGCGCCGUGCCAGAAAGCACAUUGGAAGGAGCACAAGGAUGCAUGCAAGAGACAAGACCACCCACUCCAGAUGUUGCGAUCGCAGAGGAUCUACUCAACUAUUCUCAACGAGAUCAUCAAACCUGCGCAAGAACGGUUACUGCAGGGCUCAGAACCAACAAAGCCUGCAGACUCCGAGGAACCUGCUAUUUGA